GCCCCGAGCCCAGCCUCUCCUCCUGGUGAGAGUUUCCUAGAGAGCAGAGGGAGCCGAGGAUGCGGACGGGGCGAUGAGCGGUCCCAGGGAGGAUGGCCGCUGUCGCAGGGCCAUCAGCAUCCUCACCGAGCUGUGCCAGAAGAAAAGCCUGCCCAGCUUGGACCUGGACACCUGCAGGGAGUUCCUCCUGCUGCCUUCUGACCAGAGCCUGAUUAUCUCCGAGCCAGAGCUCUCCGUCAGCCUCCUUGCAGUGAUAGUCAUUGUGUGUGGCCUGGCCCUGGUGGCAGUGUUUGUGUUUCUCUUUUGGAAGCUGUGCUGGGUUCCCUGGAGGAACAAGGCCCUUUCCUCCCAGCUGGCCGUGCUGCGCAGCGAGGCAGGCCACAAGGACAGCAUGGCAGACAAGCUCAAGGACACGGGGGCCAUCAGCUUCCUGGAGGCGGCCGUCAAGAUCAGCCACACCUCCCCGGACAUCCCUGCAGAGGUCCAGAUGUCCAUGAAGGAUCACAUCAUGAGGCGCACGCGGAUCCAGAGGCAAACCACGGAGCCAGCCUCUUCUACCAGGCACAUCUCCUUCAAGAGGCACCUGCCCCGGCAGAUGCACGUGUCCAGCAUGGACUACGGGCUGGAGCCGCCGGCCGUGGCCGAGCAGCCCACCAGCAUCGGCCGCAUCAAGCCCGAGCUCUACAAACAAAAGACCGUGGACAAUGAUGACCCCAAGAAAGAGGCAGAGAAAACCUGUGGGAAAAUCAACUUCACUCUCAAGUACGACUACGAGAACGAGACGCUGACUGUCCGAAUUCUCAGGGCUUUUGACUUGCCAGCCAAAGACUUCUGCGGCAGCUCGGAUCCCUACGUGAAGAUCUACCUCCUGCCCGACCGCAAGCGCAAGUUCCAGACGCGGGUGCACAGGAAGACUCUGACCCCCACCUUCGACGAGUCCUUCCACUUCCCCGUGCCCCACGAGGAGCUGGCGAGCAGGAAGCUCCACCUGAGCGUCUUUGACUUUGACAGGUUCUCCAGGCACGACAUGAUUGGAGAAGUUAUCUUGGAGAACCUGUUCGAGGACUCGGACCUCUCCCGGGAGACUUCCAUCUGGAGGGACAUUCAGUACGCCACCACGGAAAGCGUGGACCUGGGCGAGAUCAUGUUUUCCCUUUGUUAUUUGCCAACUGCAGGUCGCCUCACCUUAACAGUCAUUAAAUGCAGGAAUCUCAAAGCUAUGGACAUCACUGGUUACUCAGAUCCAUAUGUCAAAGUGUCUUUGCUCUGUGACGGGCGAAGACUGAAAAAGAAGAAAACCACCAUAAAGAAAAACACACUUAAUCCCACCUACAAUGAAGCAAUAAUCUUUGACAUUCCCCCCGAGAACAUGGAUCAAGUCAGCCUCCUUAUCUCUGUCAUGGAUUAUGAUCGGGUGGGCCACAACGAGAUCAUCGGGGUUUGCCGCGUGGGGGUCAACGCCGAGGGGCUGGGCAGAGACCACUGGAACGAGAUGCUGGCCUACCCCCGCAAGCCCAUCGCCCACUGGCACCCGCUGGUGGAGGUGAAGAAAUCCUUCAAAGAGUGGCACGGCCGGGCAGCGAGCUUCGACAGCCAGGGCUCCUGUCCCUCCCCCAAACCACCCCCCACACCGUGA